AUAUUGGGUCAAUACACCGGGAAAUGUCCGAACCUCCCGAUGUACUCCCUUCAGAGGUUUAUUUAGGACAAACAACAUGGACCCCAACCCUUAAUCCUCCUGGAGACACACCUGUACCGGACUGUAUAAAAGCCCAGGACUGACCAGACACAAUCACACAUGGAGCACCAGUUCCACAGAGCCUCUCCAAAGCAUUUGCAGGACCAAGAACCCAUCUAGAGCCUCUCCAAAGCAUCUCCAGGACCAAGAACCCAUCUAGUCUAUCCUCUCCUCUGAAGAUGGAACAAAUUCCCUCUGUCUCCCUCCUACUGCUGCUGGUGGGCCUCUCUCUGGCCAGCCCUGUGAUGAAGCAGGUAGAUGGACCAGAGAUCAGCAUGACUAAGACAAUUCUCACCAUUAACAACAGAUCAAGCAAGUUUCUUCUGGAGGGGGACAUUGUAACUCCAACAACCAGAAAUGCCAUGAUUUGCUACAGUUCAGGGUGUUUCUGGAGGAAAGGCUCUAAUGGAAAGGUUGAAGUUCCCUACAUAGUGAGCAGUGAAUUCACCUCCAAUGAGAGGCAUACUAUUGAGACUGCUAUCAAGAACAUCAACUCCAAGACCUGCAUUCGCUUCGUGCCUCGUCAGAAUCAGGCUGACUACCUCAGCUAUGAGCCUAGAGACGGGUGCUGGUCUUCUCUUGGAAGACAAGGAAACCAACAGGUUGUCUCCCUGCAAAGUGGCGGCUGCGUUACUUUCGGCAUAAUUCAGCACGAGAGUCUCCACGCUCUGGGCUUCCAGCACGAGCAAACCAGGAGCGACCGUGACGAUUACGUCGUAAUCAACUGGAGUAACAUCGACCCUGACAACUCCUUCAACUUUGAUAAAACACAUACCAACAACCUGAACACUCCCUAUGACUACGGCUCUGUCAUGCACUAUGAUAACACAGCCUUCUCCAUCAAUGGACAGGAUACCAUCACCCCCAUCCCCGACCCCAACGUGCCCAUCGGCCAGAGAGUGGGACUGUCCUCCACUGACAUCCUGAAGAUCAACAGACUCUACAACUGCUAAUCGGAAAGACAUCAAGUCACAGGAGAAAAGCCUGGAGAAGACGAGAUGAAAGAAGUCAAAUCUGACAACAUAUAUAUUAUUUUAUUAAUGUAAUUGCUUUAUUGCUUUAUAUAGGCUAGU